AUGUCGUCAGCUGACCAUCCUCAACUUGAAAGCCGGGUAAUGCCCAAGGUAGCGAUCACGAACCUCCACCAACUAACGACCCCCCAACAAACAGCAAAGAGUACCUUCGUCAAGACUUUGACUGGCAAGACCAUCACCCUGGAGGUCGAGUCCUCGGACACUAUCGACAAUGUCAAGAGCAAAAUCCAGGACAAGGAGGGAAUCCCCCCAGACCAGCAGCGUUUGAUCUUCGCCGGAAAGCAGCUAGAGGAUGGAAGGACCCUUUCGGACUACAACAUCCAAAAAGAGUCUACUCUCCACUUGGUCCUCCGUCUCCGUGGUGGUAUCAUAGAGCCUUCCCUUAAAGCCCUCGCCUCGAAGUACAACUGCGAGAAGAUGAUUUGCCGCAAGUGCUACGCCCGUCUGCCACCCCGAGCCACCAACUGCCGCAAGAAGAAGUGCGGACACACCAAUCAGCUUCGCCCCAAGAAGAAGCUCAAAUAAACGAUCCCCGCCUCCCGAAUCAAAAACGUGGUGUUUCUCUUUUAUUCUUUUCUGGGUUUCGGAGGUUGUGUUUCAGUUUUCCUUUUGCCUCUCCCGAACAAAUGACGACGGCGGCAGGACCCGGGGGCGUUGUGGGUCAGAGAGAAGUUCGGAGCCUACUUAAUGGAUUUAGCUUGUUUUCUUUUGGCCUGGGCCUGUAGACUAGGAGGGAAGUGAAUUCAUAAGCCUCUGGUGUCCUCU